AUGGGCUACAUGCGGACUCUUUUCUUUCUGUAUUUAGUGGUUUGGUUGUCUAUUUCUCAAAUAACUUCCAAAUUUGAAUUUACAAAUAUAAAAUGCAUUCCCAAAGACGAACAGUUUGGAAAUUUUGAGUAUUGCUAUUUGAAAUCGGUUAAUCGGACUUAUAAAUAUGUGUCCAUUAAAUACUAUUUUAAUAAGCUACCAAUUACAAGUAUACAAGUUAAUGUGGCAUUGUUUAAACGCUUUAAUGGCUACAAGCCAUUCCUGUAUAAUGUAACUGUGGAUGGUUGCAAGUUUCUGAAAAACACUAAGUCGAAUCCUGUCAUGAAAUUCUUCUUUGAUCACGGAAUCAUUUUUGACAAACUUAGCAUUGAAGCUGUGAAUCACCAGUUCACGAGGAUCCUGCCAUUCUCUGAGGGAGAUUAUAUGUUGGAAAUAAACUGGAUGUCCUUCGAGAAACUGAGAGCUGUAACCAUGUUUUAUGGCACUCUUUCUUGA